UGCCCCCCUCAAUAUAAAGCACAGCCUUCUUGGUUUCUCUCUCCUCUGUGCCUUCAGAACCGUUCACCAGAACCAUACACCACCACCAACACAAAAUGACCUCCGCUGCCCAGCCCAUAUUCUCAAAGGGAGAGGACUGCAAGCCCUCCUGGCACGACGCUAACGCCGGCUACAAUGACGCCGACACGCACCUGGAGAUCCUGGGCAAGCCCGUGAUGGAGCGCUGGGAAACCCCGUACAUGCACUCACUGGCGACGGUGGCGUCCUCAAAAGGUGGUCGGGUUCUGGAGAUUGGUUUUGGCAUGGCCAUCGCCGCCACCAAGGUGGAGUCUUUCCCCAUCGAGGAGCACUGGAUCAUCGAGUGCAACGAUGGCGUCUUCGCCCGACUGGAGAACUGGGCCACGGCUCAGCCACACAAGGUCGUUCCUCUGAAGGGUCUCUGGGAGAAAGUUGUCCCCACCCUGCCAGACAACCAUUUUGAUGGUAUCCUAUAUGACACAUACCCUCUCUCAGAGGAGUCAUGGCACACUCACCAGUUUGACUUCAUUAAGGGUCACGCUCACAGGCUGCUCAAACCCGGCGGUAUUCUCACCUUCUGCAACCUGACCUCCUGGGGCGAGCUGCUCAAGAUUAAAUACGACAACAUUGAGAAAAUGUUUGAGGAAACCCAGGUGCCUCAUCUGCUCGAAGCCGGUUUCAAGAAGGAGAAGAUUAGCACCACCACCAUGGACAUUGAACCACCCUCAGAAUGCAAAUACUAUUCCUUCAAGAAGAUGAUAACGCCCGCUGUUGUGAAAGAGUAAAGUCUGAAAACACUACCGCAAACUUUUUAUACUCGUAUUCUGGUGCCUUCAACACUUGGUCCAUAUGUUUCACUUCACAGUAUUUCAAUAAACUCUAUCACAGUCGG